AUGAGUACGAGUGUCUCAGAGAAGACAGCGCUGGGCUGGUCGGAGCUGGAGACGUCCCUGAACACCGAGCGGGAGGAGAAGAGGCUCCUGAGGGAGCAGAUCCACCACCUGGAGCUGUCUGAGAAGUUGAAGAAGAAGCAGGAGAGUUUCCAGCGUCUGCAGACAGAAAAGGAGGUUCUGUACAACGACAGCAGGACAAAGAUUGAGGAGAUGAACCAGAGGAAAGAGGAAGAGGUGAAGGCCUUGAACACUCGCAUCCAGAAGCUGCAGUCGGACGUCACGGCAGCCAAUCAGACGGCAGCAGAGCUGAGGGAACAGCUGCAGAGCAAAGAGAAGGAACAUGAAGUGGCUGUAAACGCCCUGAAAGACCAGGUAGCAAGUCAGAGUGCAGUCAGUCAGGAGCAGGUGGACAACAUCCUGCAGGAGAACGAUGCUCUGAGGACAAACCUAGCCGCUCUAGAACAGAUCCAGACGGUGAAGACUCAGGAGAUGAAUCUGUUGAGGGACCAACAGGAGGCGCUAACGGCCGAACGGGAGAACCUGUUGGCCCAGAGGGACGACCUGGAGUCACAGCUACAGGAGUCCAGCUUUGCCAACAGGAAGUUGUUGGAGCAGUUAACAGAAGAAGGACACGAGAAGGACAAACUGCUGCGAGAACUGGACGAGGCCAAGAAGACUGCAGAGAAGAGGAAGUCCAUGUUGGACGACAUGUCCAUGCAGCUGAACCAGGAGAAGUCCGUCCACAAGGAGGCGCUGUCAGACCUGAGGCUGCAGCACGAGAAGGAGGUCCUGGGGGUGAGGGCUCGCUAUGAGAAGGAACUGCGAGGACUCCAUGAGGACAAGAAUCGCUCUGAGGAGGAAAUACGUCAGCAGCUCAGGGAGGAGAAGGCUCGGACCAGGGAGCUAGGGGGGUUCCAGGUCCAGGUGGAGGAGCUUCAGGCUCAGCUUCAGUCCAUGGAGGAAACCAGAGGCUGCUUGGAGGGACGGCUCCAGGAAGCCCAGAACAACAUAGAGAAGAACUCUCUUCAACACCAGGAGGAGCUACAGCGUCUGCAGAGAGAACACAGUUUACAGCUGCAGGACAUGCUGUCAGAGAUGCAGGUAUUGAAGCAGCAGCUGCUGGAAGUGGACAGACAGAAGGACGAACACAUGGACACGAUUGGAAAACUGAGACAGGAGAUAAAGGACACUGUAGACGGACAGAGAAUUCUGGAGAAGAAAGGCAGCGCAGCGCUGAAGGACUUGAAGCGCCAACUGCAGCUAGAGAGGAAGCGGGGGGACAAACUCCAGGAGAGACUCCAGGACAUUCUGACCAACAGUAAAACCAGGACAGGCUUGGAGGAUCUGGUCCUGUCUGAGAUCAACAGUCCCAGUCGGACUCAGCAGACCGGAGACUCGUCCUCCGUCUCGUCCUUUUCCUACAGAGACAUGAUGAAGGAGACUCAGCCGGCCAAUCAGAGCAAGGUGGGUGGAGCCAGAUCAGGUGGAGGCAGUCCUCAGUCCCAGCGUCCGGACUUAUCUGAGGAGGAGGUGGGGGAGUUAUUCCAGCGGCUCGCUGAGGUCCAGCAGGAGAAAUGGAUGCUAGAGGAGAAGGUGAAGCAUCUGGAGGUGAGCUGCUCCUCGAUGGCUGAGGACAUCUGCAGGAAGAGCUGCAUCAUCCAGACCUACGUCAUGGACAGCCGCAGAGAUGUCUCAGGUGGAGUAGCAGGAGGUGCCCAGGGGGACAGAGGAGGUCUGAGUUCUGUCCUCAGAGAUCUGGUGAAACCAGGAGACGAGAAUCUGAGAGAAAUGAACAAGAAGCUUCAGAACAUGUUGGAGGAGCAGCUCACCAAGAACCUGCACCUGCACAAGGACCUGGAAGUUUUGUCCCAGGAAUUAGUCCGACUCAGUAAAGACACCAGUCCUGGUGGAGGUGCUGCUGGGUCCGGAUGA